AUGGCGUGGCAAGUGAGCGUGCCCGAGCUGGAGGACCGCCUGCAGUGCCCCAUCUGUCUGGAGGUCUUCAAGGAGCCCCUGAUGCUGCAGUGCGGCCACUCCUACUGCAAGGGCUGCCUGCUGUCCCUGUCCCGUCACCCGGACUCGGAGCUGCGCUGCCCCGUGUGCCGGCAGGAGGUGGACUGCAGCAGCUCCCCGCCUAACGUCUCCCUGGCGAGGGUGAUCGAAGCCCUGCAGCUCCCCGGGGACCCUGAGCCCCAGGUCUGUGCGCACCACCGGAACCCUCUCAGCCUCUUCUGUGAGAAGGACCAGGAGCUCAUCUGCGGCCUCUGCGGCCUGCUGGGCUCCCACCAGCACCACCGGGUCACGCCUGUCUCUACCGUCUACAGCCGCAUGAAGGAGGAGCUAGCAGCCCUCAUCUCCGACCUGAAGCAGGAACAGAAGAAGGUGGAGGAGCAAAUUGCCAGGCUGGUGAACAACAGGACCCGGAUUGUCAAUGAGUCUGAUGUCUUCAGCUGGGUGAUCCGCAGUGAGUUCCAGGAGCUGCACCAUCUGGUGGACGAGGAGAAGGCCCGCUGCCUGGAGGGGGUGGAGGGUCACACCCGUGGCCUCGUGGCCUCCCUGGACAUGCAGCUGGAGCAGGCCCGGGGCGCUUGGGAGCGGCUCGUCCAGGCUGUGGGUGUGUUGGAGCAGUUCGGCAACGAGAGUCACCAUGAGUUCAUCCGGAAGUACCAUGCCAUGGCCUCCAGUGCAGAGCUCCAGCAGGCCCGGCCCCUGGAAGGCGCGUUCAGCCCCAUCUCCUUCAAGCCAGGCCUGCACCAGGCUGACAUCAAGCUGACUGCGUGGAAAAGGCUCUUCCGAAAGGUUCUGCCAGCCCCGGAGUCCCUCAAGCUGGAUCCUGCCACGGCCCACCCCCUCCUGGAGCUCUCCAAGGGCAACACGGUGGUGCAGUGUGGGCUCCUGGCCCAGCGGCGCGCCAGCCAGCCCGAGCGCUUCGACUACAGCACUUGCGUCCUGGCCAGCAGGGGCUUCUCCUGCGGCCGCCACUACUGGGAGGUGGUGGUGGGGAGCAAGAGCGACUGGCGCCUGGGGGUCAUCAAGGGCACAGCCAGUCGCAAGGGCAAGCUGAGCAAGUCCCCAGGGCACGGCGUGUGGCUCAUCGGCCUGAAGGAGGGCCGGGUGUACGAGGCCUUCGGCUGCCCGCGGGCGCCCCUGCCCGUGGCCGGCCGCCCUCACCGCAUCGGCGUCUACCUGCACUACGAGCAGGGCGAGCUCACCUUCUUCGACGCCGACCGCCCCGACGACCUGCGGCCGCUCUACACGUUCCAGGCCGACUUCCAGGGCAAGCUCUACCCCAUCCUGGACACGUGCUGGCACGAAAGGGGCAGCAACUCCCUGCCCCUGGUGCUGCCCCCGCCCAGCGGGCCCAGCCACCUCACCCCCCCGCAGCCCACCAAGCCGUAG